CUGCCGUGUCGUACAAGCAUUGGUGUAGUGCUGUUGAGCCACACAUCCAGGCGUUUAAGGCGUGUGUCGUCUGUAUAUAAAAACCGGCGUUGAGUUCACUUCUCGUCUCUUUUCAGUCGACUUUUUAUAACACAAUUGAUGUUUAAAUUCAAUUGAUAUCUAAAUUGUAAUUAACUUUUAUUUUUUACUCAAAUUAUUUAUUUAUUAGUUUCAGUCGUAACUCAAUAUAUAGAUUAUAUAUAACUCAACGCCUAAUAUAAAAAACUGUAUUUAUUUUUACAUUUAAUUAACUUUUUUUUUGAUAACGAAAGAAACGACUCGUCAUUUAAAAGACACGCGUUUUUUCAAUAGAGAGAAAAAAGCCAUUCAUUUAUAUUAUAAUUCAUUUGUGUUGUGAUAUUCAAAGCAAACGCUUGUCUUUCAGUGCAAAUCAAUAGACAUUUCAUUAAUUUGAUUGAAUAGAGGAGACAAUGGUAUCAAAAGUAUCGUUAGUAUUAUGCCUGUCGUGGCUGGCGAUGGCCUCGGCGUCGGAUGUGCUGGACCUGAGCACCGGUGACUUCAAGGCAGAGGUGGGCCAACACGACACAGUACUGGUGGAGUUCUUCGCCCCCUGGUGUGGACACUGCAAACGAUUGGCUCCCGAGUACGAGACCGCCGCCACCGCUCUCAAGACCAACGACCCGCCCGUCCCUCUCGCCAAGGUUGACUGUACCACCGAUGGCGGCAAAGACGUCUGUUCCGAAUACGGUGUCACCGGUUAUCCCACUCUUAAGAUAUUCAAAGGUAUGNUCUCUUCCCAUUUCCUUCCCAUAGCUAUCCGUUUCCUCUACACGUGUAGUGUUGACUGUACCACCGAUGGCGGCAAAGACACCUGUUCCGAAUACGGUGUCACCGGUUAUCCCACUCUUAAGAUAUUCAAAGGUGGUGAAUUCGCCUCUGAAUACAGCGGUCCCCGAGAGGCCGAUGGUAUCGUGAAGUACAUGCGCUCACAAGUAGGUCCGGCCUCCAGACUGGUCGAGACGCGCGCCAAACUCGAGGACGCGCUCACUAAGGCUAAGGAUGUGAUCGUUUUGGGUAUCUUUGAGUCGGACGACAAGUCCGCAGUUCAGACCAGUUUCCUGAAGACGGCGGACAAACUGCGAGAGUCCGUCAACUUUGUGCACGUGUUCACCGAAACGGUUUCCGAUGCACUCAAACUGAAACUGUUCGCCGAUCUCAAGGACAAGAAGGCGCCCACUAUUGUCCUCAUCCGACCCAAAGAGCUCAAGAAUAAGUUCGAGUCAAACGUUGUUCAAUACGCUUCCGGAGACGUCGAGGAGUUCAUUAAAAUCAAUUAUCACGGAAUUGUUGGCCACAGAACUCAGAACAACAAUCAGGACUUUAAGAAUCCAUUGGUCAUUGUCUACUACGAUGUCGAUUACGUGAAGAACAUUAAGGGAACCAAUUAUUGGCGAAACCGUGUGCUGAAAGUGGCCCAGAAUUACAAGGAAUUGAAUUUCGCCAUUUCUAAUGCCCAACAAUUCGCCGGAGAGCUCGAGGAGUUCGGUCUCGAGGCACCCAAAGACCGCGAGGCGACACCAGUGGUGGGCGCACGCGAUGCUCAGGGACUGAAGUACGCCUUCAAAGACAAGUUCUCUGUCGAGACGUUCGAGCAGUUCGUCAAAGACUUUAAGGACGGAAAGCUGGAAGCGUUUGUGAAGUCAGAGGAAGUGCCCGCCGAUAACGAUGUCGCCGAAGUUAAGGUCGCCGUCGGCAAGAACUUCGACGAACUCGUGACCAAAGCAGAUAAGGACACACUGAUUGAGUUUUACGCCCCCUGGUGUGGACACUGCAAGAAGUUGGCCCCGACUUUCGAUGAAUUGGGCAAAGCCCUGAAGAACGAGCCGGGAGUACAGGUUGUGAAGAUGGACGCGACGGCUAACGACGUUCCGGCGCCGUUCGUUGUGCACGGAUUCCCGACUCUGUAUUGGUAUCCAAAGGAUAAGUCGAUCCAGAAAUACGAGGGCGGAAGAGAGGCAUCGGAUUUCUUGAAUUACAUAUCAAAACACGCGACCGACGAGUUGAACGGUUACGACAGGAGUGGCAAUCAAAAGGCGAUCAAAGAGGAGCUUUAG